AUGGCAGCAGAAGCCACCGGAGCAGCAGCCGUCAUGCCCAGAUCUGGAGCUGGGGGGCUUGAGACCUGGCAGGCCCUCCGCCCAGUCCAGCCUGGCCAGACGAGUCUACCCCUGCCUCCAGACUGGCACCAGGAGAGGCCCCGGAAGAGAAGCGUCCUUCUCCAGGGGCUGGGCGUCUUCCAUAUUUUCAUCGCGAUGCUGCACGUGUUCCUCGGGAGCUACCUGGUUUUUGCAGUCACGAGCCAUCACCUGGUGGUGCUGAAGUCUUGGUACCCAUUCUGGGGGGCUGCCUCUUUCUUCAUUUCAGGGCUCUCGGCAAUAGCGAUGGAAGUGGUUCCGAAAACCCCUCUGAAGGUGCUGUGCCUGACAACAAACUUCAUCAGCUUCUUCUGCGUGCUGGCCGGCCUCUUUGUCAUUGCCAAGGAUCUCUUUCUGGAGAGUCCCUUUGAGUCCCUGCUCUGGAGACUGUCCUUCUACAGCACAGUCCACAUCCAGAGGCUGGAGAUGGUCCUGCUCAGCCUCACCUGCUUGGAGCUCUUCCUGCUAGGGAUCACAGCCAUCGUAGUCUGCAGGGACAACCGCCUAUCUGCAGAGGAUGACGUGUCAAUUGUUCCUGACACAUCACUGGGGUUCAGUGGGCCCCCGCCAUCCUACGAGGACGUGACUCAGGGUGACGCACAGGAGGAGCAGAAGUGGAGGUAA